UCUGCAACAAUUUAAUGGAUUAUACAUAAUGUAUUAGUAUGAAAGUGUAUAUGUGUACAAAAAAGAAUAUCCGUUGACAAGAAGUUGUCAGUAGCAGCACUUCGUUUCUACUUUCUUCAAGCCUGUUGACAUGCAGGGCGUCGUCAGUUGCAUACAUGAGACUUAGGCGCAUACAUGAGACAGUUCUGUACAAGGAAAGUAAUGUAAACUGUGAGAAAAGAAGCCAUCAGCCUUUCUGAAUGAUAUUUCGAGGCUUAUGUUGCAAGUUCACAUUUAUGGUUUCGCUUAUUCAUAGGCUGGCUACAAAUUAAAAAAUUCGUACUCUGCAGGUAGCAAAAAUAAUCAUCGUAGAGGAACGCGUCAUAGGCGUACCGUGUAUCACAACGUCAAGAUGAGGCGUACGCUAUCAGGCUCUUGUGCAAUUGGUGUUUUUGUAAUUGCGCUUGUCUGUGUUGCUGUGGCAUUUUGUGCACCAAGUUGGCUUGUUAGCGAUUAUAGAAUAACCGGUGCGAAGUUGAACCAGUUGGGGCUGUGGUCUCACUGUUUUCGUUCCUUACCGCAACCAGAUGAUGAGUUCAUGAGAAGAUUUUUUGUUGGAUGCAGAUGGAUAUAUGACCCAUUCACAACUGGUUAUGAUGAGAUACAAGGAUUCCUCGUACCAGGUUUCAUGAUCGCGACACAGUUUUUCUUUACACUCUGUUUCCUAUGUAUUUUGGCUGCUUUCUUUUUGGUGUUACUUUAUUUCCUGUGUUGGGGACCAGAGCAGACACGUUAUAUUUUAUUAAUAAUUGCCAUAGGAGCACUGUUAAUGGCAGCAGGUAUAAAUGGUGGAAUAGCUGUAAUUGUGUUUGCUUCACUUGGUAAUCGUAAUGAUUGGAUGCCUGGUCAGGAAAAUAAUUUCCUUGGUUGGGCAUUUGGACUGGCAGUUGUAGGUGUUGUAGCAGCUUUUGUCUCAGGAACCUUAUUUCUGGUAGAGGCAAACAUUCAACGCAAGAAGAGAAAACACAUACAGGAAUCUCAGUCAAGAUUUGAAAUGGAGCACGAGUCUAAGGCUUAAAAGUUUGUAAUCACAUUGGGAAAAAUAUCUCAGGCAGUUCCGUCCAUUUUUAAUUAGUUCUAUUUUGGUGAAAUAUAUGAAAGAUUAUAUACUAGUUGUUUUUGUGUAUUCAUAUAAAGUGUUAAGUUAUAUAAGGGACCACUAACUUUACAUUUCAGAUGAGCCAUCUUAUCAAAGGUAAUUAUGAAUAUGUCCCAACAAGUACAAAGAAUUAUAAUUUUAAAAGUGAUCUGCAUUCUCUGUGUGUUUCAUCAACCCUGAAGAUAAUGAUUCUCAGUAUCCUGACAGUAUUAACUUUAUAAACAAAAUCUCAUUUGUAAUAAAUGGCACUGAAAGUUUGCUGCUGUAUGGAGAAUUUCAUGAAUUAUUUGUAUGGUAAUAGGUUCUCCAUGUAUCAGGUGUACAUAAAUUUAAACUUUUGUGGUAUAUUGCUUGGUUUGAAAUUUAAUCAGUCUCUAACGCACAUUAGUGAAUUUAUCUCAAAUUAUUUCUCGUCUACAAGGUGAUAUAAGAAAUACAAUUUUGUGUAAGGAUGAUCUUUUCAUAAUGUCAAACACCUAAUGCAAUAAUAAUUUUGAAGCCUACUUAACCGACUGGUCUUAAUAAAAAUGUUUUUUUUUUUGUGUGUGUGUGUGUGUGUGUGUGUGUGUGUGUGUGUGUGUGUGUGUGUCUAUUUUUGACAAAGGCCUUGUUGGCUAAAAGCCUUAUUUGUGACAAGUCUUUUUGUUGUGCCUAUCUGUAUAUCCGCUGUAUGGUGGUUACAACUAUCCUUUUCAUAAUGUUGUUACAUUCUGUCCGGGAUUUUCCAUUAUUUGAAGAACUAAAUAUCUAGAAGAAUUUAUUACAAAACUUUAACAAAGAAGGGAAUGUUGGAAUAAAUCAGUGUUCUAGACUUUCAGCUAAUGUGAUUAAUGGAGAAAAAGUACUUUCAGCAUGUUUGCAGUGGGCUCAAAACUAAAUUAAAUUAAAUUUAAGAUUCCCUGUGUAUUUUGUCUUGCUACCCCAUUUACUGCUUUAACUUUCUAGGAAAUGAACUGCCGAUUCUCUAGACAGUGGAUCUGUGUCAAUUUGUGUGUGCUUAAUCAACAACUUUUGUGUUCUAACCAAGAGGGGAUUUUCUACUCUUUGAACUGGAAGAACUAAUUUAUUGUCAUGGUGCAUAUCAUCCCUUCCAUAGUGGCUAUUAUACCAUUUUCAAUUAGUCCAUUUUAAAAGGUUCUGUAUAAUCUUAUCAGUAUCAUAUCCUAUCCUUAAAGUCUAUUUUCAUUCCGAACAUGAUGGCAACAAUGCUAAUGUGUUCUUCUGAUACAACCAUUGGCUGUGAAAUGGGGAGAAGGCUUUUGCAUAGAAACUAUACAGUCAGACAUUAUAUUCCUUACUACCUGAAGAAAUUUUUGUAUGCAAGGAAAAAAAUAAAUCAUGUCACUCCAGGAGUUCUUGACACACACAAAGUGGCAGUAUAUGUCAUAAAUCCUGGUAGCUUUAGCUGUAGACCUAGCACUGAGAAACUGUUAACCUUGCAUUUAUUAGCAUCACACUAGUAUGACGUGAACUCACAACACUCAGUAUUAAGGGAUUAAGAGACCAUCUUGAGAUAUAACUUUCAAGGAUUUAAGAUACUACUUCCUUACAAUUUUAAUGAGAGUGCCAACUGUGAAUCUCUUCACAUCUUCACAUUGCACUUCAUGAUUGGUUGUUUAUUUGGGGGAGGGGACCAAACAGUGAGGUAAUCGGUCCUGUCACUUCAUGCUUCACAUGUUUAGAAUGUAUGACAUGUUAGUAAGUGCCUCAAGUACUGAACAGUUAUGAAUUUACUGCUGCAGGUAAUCGGUGAGGUAACAAGUUUGAACCAUUAGGACUAUUCCAUGUGAUCGGUCUUUGUAUAAUGUAUAUUUUAUAAAUCCAAGAUGUAUCACCAAUUAUACCAUCAUGGGUUUUUCGAUGUCAUUUUUGUGUACCUGAGGUGACCUGACUGCACCUCAUUUGUGCCUGUUGCAGACACUUCAUUAUAAGCUGCUUGCAAGUGUGGUGGACAGUUUAAUUAUUUUAAAAAAUCCUCAUUCUUAUGAGCAUUAUAGUAUAGACCAAAUAUGCAUGGUAUUUUUCACUUCUACUUCAGUUACAAACUGUCAAGAUCAAGAUCUUAAUGCAACACUUAUGCUGAUCUUUGUGCUCAACAAAUGCACACUCGUAGCCAUUUUUGUAGAGAAAUCUUUCCCAGUAUUUUAAUUUGUAAGUAUGCUUUCACUACUGAGUUUAAGUAAUCAUGUCAAUUUUAUAAACUGUAUUUUGUAUGUAAUAAAUGUGUUCAUAUACAA